AUGUCUCCACUGAAGCGUCUGAGUGAGGAUGCGGAUCAUGAAGAUGGACGCCGACCUGCACCGCGCACGCCGAGGAUCAGAGCCUGUGCGGAGUGUAAACGGCACAAGAUCAAGUGCGAACCUGUCGACAAUGAAGCAAAGUGCGCAAAGUGUCUGCGAAGCGGGACUGAAUGUGUCCCAUAUAACUUGAACCAACGCCUACUGGACGAAGAUGCUGCUUGGAAAUCCAAUGCGACAGCCGAGUUGGGACAGCUGCGCUCGGCGGUGCAGCGUCUUCUUCAACAUAACAAACUCCCUAGCCUGGAUAGUCCAGUCAGUCAAGGCUCGCCCCAGCCUCCUUUAGGACGCACUCAUAGUGUGACCAUCAGCCCGACAAACGUAAUGUCUGAGAACGGACAUGCAACUUUCGUUGUUCCACCACCCAUGGAUAUGACAAGAGACACCUCGGUAGAGCGCGAGUCGGGCGAAGAAUCCGGCUUGGUAACAGCGCCCAUGAGGAGUCUAUACGACCUUACUCGGAUUCGGAACCUUCGGAGCAGCGUACGGUGGAAGCCAAACUCCAGCUCUGUCGAAGAGGACUUCAUAGCUCAAGGUAUAGUGUCUUUGCCGGAAGCUGAGGACCUAUUCAGACGGUACAUGCAAGACAUCCGCCUUUAUCUUUGGGCUGGUGUACUCUUUCCAUACGACUCUCUGGAAGCAGUGCGUCGCCAGUCCACGCUUCUCACUGCAGCUGUACUUACCAUCUCUGCGUUGCACACGCCAGGUCGAGACGAAGCGUUACAGAAAUGCUAUAACAUUUUCGUAUCCUUGGUUUACAGCGCCUUUCUCGCUCGACCUCAGAACCUCGACGAUAUUCGUGCGCUAGCUCUGGCCGCUUUCUAUCUCUCUAAUCUGAGCUGGAAGUUGGCAGGGCUUGCUGUAAGAAACGCUGUCGAGAUGAACUUGCAUAUGUCUUACCAGCGGCUUAUGCGAGGGCAUGAAGAGCAGCGUGAUAACGUUCGUUUAUGGUACGCGCUUUACGUGUGCGACAAACAGUUCAGCAUCGCAUAUGGACGUCCAUCUAUCGUUCAUGAAGAUAUCGCGAUCAAGAAUAUUGAACAUUUCCUUGACAGUCCGAAGACUACGCCAGGCGAUAUCAGACUAGGAGCCCAAGUCACUUUGUUCAAGAUCUUGACGGAAGCAUACAUUGCCUACGGCAGCGACCCGGAGCAACCACUCACGGAGCCCGACUUUCAACAACUUCGCCUCUUCAACUUCGCAAUCGAACAAUGGCGGCUCGCAUGGCAAGCUAGAUCCGCUGACAGCCCAUCUAUUGGGUCGUAUCCUUCAAAAGGCGUGGUGCUAUAUUACCACUUCGCUCGGUUUCAACUCAACUCACUCGCGCUGCGUGCUCUACCUCCACCUAGCGCCGCAACGUCCGAAUCACUCUCCUACGAUCGUCGAGAAGCAGCCAACAUCGCCAUCACCGCCGCAACCAGCACCCUUACCCUCAUCUUCGAGGAGCCAGAUCUUCGCAAAGCAAUGACUGCAGUGCCUAUCUUUACCCAUACCAUGGUCGCAUUCUGCGCUACAUUUUUGCUGAAGAUGGCAAAGACCUGGGGAGGUAUGACGCAAGUACAGUCACCAGAGUGGGCGACAGAGCCGGUUGGCCUUGGCCUCAACUUCAACAUCAAUCAAGUGCUGUCUCUAUCGCGGCGGUCAUCGUCCUUCUUAGCCAAGGUGGCACAGAAUUUGAACGAGAAACAUAUCACGACGCACAUCGUUCAGGGCAUCAACGACUUGUUGAAACGACUUGAUGUUGCUGGAACGCCUUCUGGCUCAGUAACACAAGGCGGUUUGCCGACUACAUCCCCAGCUCCUGCGCAGAUUUUCGACCCUGUCAAGGCCGCGACAGCGAACAAUGACGAGACUGUUGAUGCGACGAAUGAGUAUAACAUGUAUGAUCUAAUUGGAUCUUACGGCUUUGGUUUCGACGAGACAUUUCUGGGUCAAGUUGUUCCGACCAAUUUGGAUUUCUGGCAAACGGAGCCGUUCUGA